AUGACGGCUGCUGAGAAUGUGUGCUAUACGUUAAUUAACGUGCCAAUGGAUUCGGAACCUCCAUCGGAGAUUAGCUUAAAAAAUGAUUUAGAAAAAGGAGAUGUGAAGUCAAAGACUGAAGCUUUGAAGAAAGUCAUCAUUAUGAUUCUGAAUGGUGAAAAGCUUCCUGGACUUCUGAUGACCAUCAUUCGUUUUGUGCUGCCUCUUCAGGAUCACACCAUCAAAAAACUACUGCUGGUAUUUUGGGAAAUUGUUCCCAAAACCACUCCAGAUGGGAGACUUUUACAUGAAAUGAUCCUUGUAUGUGAUGCAUAUAGAAAGGAUCUUCAGCAUCCUAAUGAAUUUAUUCGAGGAUCCACUCUUCGUUUUCUUUGCAAAUUGAAAGAAGCAGAAUUGUUAGAACCUUUAAUGCCAGCUAUUCGUGCAUGUUUGGAGCAUCGUCACAGCUAUGUUAGAAGAAAUGCUGUUUUGGCCAUCUAUACUAUCUAUAGAAAUUUUGAACAUCUUAUACCUGAUGCCCCUGAACUGAUACAUGAUUUUCUGGUGAAUGAGAAGGAUGCAAGUUGCAAAAGGAAUGCAUUUAUGAUGCUAAUUCAUGCAGAUCAGGAUCGAGCUUUGGAUUACCUAAGUACUUGUAUUGAUCAGGUUCAGACAUUUGGAGACAUUCUUCAGUUGGUUAUUGUUGAGCUAAUUUAUAAGGUCUGUCAUGCUAAUCCGUCAGAAAGGGCUCGUUUUAUUCGCUGCAUCUAUAACUUAUUACAGUCAUCUAGUCCUGCUGUAAAAUAUGAAGCCGCUGGAACUUUAGUGACUCUCUCCAGUGCACCGACUGCAAUCAAGGCUGCUGCUCAGUGUUACAUUGAUUUAAUUAUUAAGGAGAGUGACAACAAUGUAAAGCUCAUAGUUCUGGAUCGAUUGGUCGAAUUAAAAGAGCAUCCUGCUCAUGAACGAGUACUACAGGAUCUGGUUAUGGACAUCCUAAGAGUAUUGAGCACACCAGACUUAGAAGUACGCAAGAAAACUCUGCAGUUAGCACUGGAUCUUGUCUCUUCUAGAAAUGUUGAAGAGCUGGUUAUUGUCCUGAAGAAAGAAGUGAUUAAAACUAAUAACGUGUCUGAGCAUGAAGAUACUGACAAAUACAGACAACUCCUUGUGCGAACAUUGCAUUCCUGUUCUGUCCGAUUUCCAGAUAUGGCUGCAAAUGUUAUUCCUGUGUUAAUGGAAUUUCUUAGCGACAGUAACGAAGCAGCAGCUGCUGAUGUCUUGGAGUUUGUUCGUGAAGCCAUUCAGCGCUUUGAUAACCUGAGAAUGCUUAUUGUUGAGAAGAUGCUUGAAGUCUUUCAUGCUAUUAAAUCUGUCAAGAUUUACCGAGGAGCAUUGUGGAUCCUGGGAGAAUACUGUAGUACCAAAGAAGACAUUCAGAGUGUGAUGACUGAAGUCCGAAGAUCUCUGGGAGAGAUCCCAAUUGUAGAAUCAGAAAUAAAAAAGGAAGCUGGUGAAUUAAAACCUGAAGAAGAAAUAAAUGUGGGGCCAGUUCAGAAAUUGGUAACUGAGAUGGGCACCUAUGCAACUCAGAGUGCUCUUAGCAGUUCUAGACCCACCAAGAAAGAGGAAGAAAGACCUCCCCUGAGAGGAUUCCUGCUGGAUGGAGAUUUCUUUGUCGCUGCCUCCCUUGCCACAACAUUGACCAAGAUUGCCUUGCGCUAUGUAGCUCUGGUUCAGGAGAAGAAAAAGCAAAAUUCUUUUGUCGCUGAGGCUAUGUUGCUUAUGGCCACUGUCCUUCAUUUGGGAAAAUCCUCUCUUCCUAAGAAGCCAAUUACAGAUGAUGAUGUAGAUCGAAUUUCCCUGUGCCUCAAGGUCUUGUCUGAAUGUUCGCCUUUAAUGAAUGACAUUUUCAAUAAGGAAUGCAGACAAUCCCUUUCACACAUGUUAUCUGCUAAACUCGAAGAAGAGAAAUUAUCCCAGAAGAAAGAAUCUGAAAAGAGGAAUGUGACAGUACAGCCGGAUGACCCCAUUUCCUUCAUGCAACUAACUGCUAAGAAUGAAAUGAACUGCAAGGAAGAUCAGUUUCAGCUGAGUUUGCUGGCUGCAAUGGGUAACACACAGAGGAAAGAGGCAGCAGAUCCCCUGGCAUCUAAACUUAACAAGGUCACCCAAUUGACAGGUUUCUCAGAUCCUGUAUACGCAGAAGCUUAUGUUCAUGUCAACCAGUAUGAUAUCGUCCUAGAUGUGCUUGUCGUGAACCAAACCAGUGAUACUUUACAGAACUGCACGUUAGAGUUAGCUACUCUAGGGGAUCUAAAACUUGUGGAAAAGCCUUCUCCUUUGACUCUUGCUCCUCACGAUUUUGCAAAUAUUAAAGCUAAUGUUAAAGUAGCAUCAACAGAAAAUGGAAUAAUAUUUGGUAACAUAGUUUAUGAUGUCUCUGGAGCAGCAAGUGACAGAAAUUGUGUGGUCCUCAGUGAUAUUCACAUUGACAUCAUGGACUACAUCCAGCCUGCAACUUGCACUGAUGCUGAAUUCCGUCAGAUGUGGGCCGAAUUUGAAUGGGAAAACAAAGUGACAGUUAACACAAAUAUAAUUGAUUUAAAUGACUAUUUACAACACAUAUUAAAGUCAACCAACAUGAAAUGCCUCACUCCAGAGAAGGCACUUUCUGGUUACUGUGGCUUUAUGGCAGCCAAUCUCUAUGCUCGUUCCAUAUUUGGAGAAGAUGCACUUGCAAAUGUCAGCAUUGAGAAGCCUAUUCAACAGGGACCAGAGGCUCCUGUUACUGGUCACAUAAGAAUUCGUGCAAAAAGUCAGGGAAUGGCCUUAAGUCUUGGAGAUAAAAUCAACUUGUCUCAGAAGAAAAAUAUUAUAUAA